AAACAACACCUCCUCACUAUAAAACCAUACUUUCUCUCUCUAAAUUUAACAAACAAACAUUCGAUCCAACCAUCUCCGAUUCAAAGCCAUGGCUCGUACGAAGCAGACCGCUAGAAAAUCCACCGGAGGAAAAGCUCCCAGGAAGCAACUCGCCACCAAGGCUGCGAGAAAAUCUGCACCAACCACCGGAGGAGUCAAGAAGCCUCACCGUUACCGUCCCGGAACCGUCGCUCUCCGUGAGAUUCGUAAGUACCAGAAGAGCACCGAGUUACUCAUCCGUAAACUUCCCUUCCAGCGUCUUGUUCGCGAAAUCGCCCAGGAUUUCAAGACGGAUCUGAGGUUCCAGAGCCACGCAGUGUUGGCUCUUCAGGAAGCGGCAGAGGCGUAUUUGGUGGGAUUGUUCGAAGACACGAAUCUGUGCGCCAUUCACGCCAAGAGAGUCACCAUCAUGCCCAAAGACAUUCAAUUGGCUAGGCGCAUUCGUGGAGAGCGUGCUUAGAGAUUUCCUAUAGUUUCCAUUAGGGUUGUUUGUUUUGUGGUUUUUGAUUUCUUGCUCUUCUUUCUUUCUUCAUGUCGUUGUCUUAGCUUUUAAACCACAAUUCGUGGUGCUUGUCAAAACGCCCUUUGAAUCAAAAACAUAUAUGAAUUUUAGCAGAAGCGAUUUUACCUA